UUUGCUAUCAGCUGCUGCUGCUGCUUUGGUUGCAAUUUUAGUUUAAUUUGCUUUUUCCACUUGCUGUUUUCUGUACAGUUUGCUAUUGUUUUGGUUUCACUCGUCAUCAUAAUUCAUUAUUAUUGAUAUCGUUUGUUCUUCUGUGUAAGUGUGUAACUCGAUUCCAGAUGUGGUCGAAUUCGGUCGGACCUUUUUAAAGAUUUUUUAUUUUGCAGUUAAAUAACAUAAUGUCUGAUUUGAAAUCAUUAGAACACCCAACAUUAAAGGUUCCAUAUGAAGUUCUCAAUAAGAAAUUUCGAACAACACAAAAAACACUUGACAGAGAAGUUUCACAUUUUCAAAAUGCUGUACAAGAGUUUGAACGUGAUAUAUCAUCUGAUGUCGCAAUGACGGACACUUCUCAUAUUUCUUCGUUGCUUAGUGGCAUGGUUGAAAAACUGAAAGUGCUCAAAAGAAAGGCUGAUGAAGGUAUAAAUGAUGAACUGCAAGCUGGUUUGGUAUGUAAGAAACGUUUGGAACACUUGAAAGAACAUAAUUCACCUUGUGAAGUUAUUGUAAAAAAUUGGCGUCGCCGUCGGUUGGAUCGCAUGUUAGUGGAAUACUUUUUACGCUGUGGAUAUUAUAACUCUGCCAAUAAACUUGCCAAUAAUUCAGAUCUAAAUGAUCUUACUAAUAUAGAUUUAUUCAUGAUAUCAAAGGAAGUCGAACAUUCAUUGGCAAAUCAUGAAACAUCAAAAUGUUUAGCAUGGUGUCAUGACAAUAGGUCGAAAUUACGCAAAUUACGUUCAACUAUGGAAUUCAAUUUACGAAUACAAGAAUUUAUAGAACUUGUACGUCAAGACAAACGUCUUGAUGCUGUCCGACAUGCCAGAAAGUAUAUAUCAACAUUUGAAGAUACCCGUAUGGACGAAGUACAACAAUGCAUGGUUUUAUUGGCUUUUCCAACUGAUACUGAAAUAUCACCUUACAAAGAUAUGUUUGAUGAGACUCGUUGGCAACGAUUAAUUGAACAGUUUCGUCAAGAAAAUUACAAUCUAUAUCAAUUGUCUUCACAGUCGGUAUUUACUGUGGUAUUACAAGCUGGAUUGUCUGCUCUGAAAACUCCUCAGUGUUACAGUGAAAUUAAAGAAGCGCGUAAUAUAAGCUGCCCAGUCUGUCAAGAAUGGUUCAAUACUUUAGCAAAACCAUUACCAUUUGCACAUUGUAGUCAGUCUCGACUAUUUUGUUCAAUAUCUGGACUUCCCUUGAAUGAACAUAAUAUACCUAUGGUAUUACCAAACGGAUAUGUUUACGGAGAACAGGCAUUAGUAGAGAUGUCGAAUCAAAAUAAUGGACAAGUAAUUUGUCCCAAGACCAAAGAAGUGUAUUGGUUAAAACAAGCAGAAAAAGUAUAUGUAAUGUAAAACAACCACUUAUAGUUUCAAUUUACAUUGUAUAAUAUGUGCCAUUCGCCAUUUUUUUUUUUUAUUAUUAUUAUUAUUAAACAUUGACCUAUCUUGCAUAGUAACUCAUUCUUUCAAGACAAAUUUCUCACAAGUCAUAACGUA